GUCACAUUCAUCGAUAAAGGAGUCAUCCACACAGCACAACACAACACAACACAACACACAAAUACGCACAGGGCACAAACGAACGACAAAUAAUACCUACCCAGCUUCGCCUCGUGGACACAUCCAUCCAUCCGUCCGUCCGUCCGUCACAUCACCAGUUCUUGAUACCAUGUGCAAAGAAGCUCCCCUCGUCCAGCCAGUACUCCCACUCGGUCAUCAGCCCGCUCAGGUGCCCCACCUCACGCCCACCACCGCCAACAUAACAUGCACUCCCAUGCGCAGACGGCAGCGGCCGGCUCACCGAGUAGUCCGUCGGCACAAACGACCGGACCAUCACGCUGCCCGCCACACACAGCACCGUCAGCCCGCCUUUGCACCCGUCAUUGUGACCGAUAACACCAGCAGGCAUGGCGCAAUCGCCCGUGUACUGCACGCACACGUCGUACCUUGGCCCGCUCUCUAAGUGGGAGGGGACGGAGUCGUGCGCCACGGCGACUGGCGUGCCGAGCACGUGGGCGAACGAGGGGGGCCGAGAGGGUGAGGGCACCGCGGUGGUGUUUUUUCCCUCGAAAGGCAGGAAGCGGCCCAGCACCGACACCACACCCUGAGAGCGGGGCUUGCCAUACAUCAGCAACACACCAGACGCUCUCGACCGGAUUUUCUUGACCUGACCCACACAAGCGAGAUGCACUCUCUGCCUGGGACUGUGUGUCUGUGUCUGUGUGUGGUGUUCCCUCCCUCCUCACCUUUGCGAGCACGCCCCCAGUCGCCCCCGCCCAGUAGCCGCUGACGCCCCCCUCCUCUCUCCAUGCAGCCGCCCUUUCGCAGCAGAAUACAAUGGCCCGCCCGAGCCCGCCGUCAUGCAGCACGGCAAAGGAGCUGUCGCCACAGAUCCACUCCACCACACCGCUCCCCAAGGCGCUGGACUGCCAGCUGUAGACGACGUCAUUGCCGUCGCCAUCGGCCAUGCGGGACGGCGCGAGGCAUAGCAGAUGCAGGCUUGCAUAAGGGGCGUGGUGUUGUGAUGCGUCUGCAGCGUGUGCGUCAUACGGUGUUCGGGAGAGGCCGAAGAGCCAUCCCCCGUCCUUGAGCGACGCCGCCCAGCCCCGCCAGACGUGCGCGUCACCAGCACCAGCACCAGCCAACCGGGUCGUGCAGGUCACCCACCCUCCCGCACCCACACACGCGUGCACCGCCUGCUUGCCGAUGAGCAGGAGGUUGCCGCCACCGAAUGAGUAGACCUUCCCGCCCUUCCACGCCUCAUCGAGAGCGGCUGGAAGAUGAUCCGGCGGCGACGCUGCUUCACCAUCACGAUCACAUGGCUGCAGGGGCAGGAGGUCCCCUCGGAUGGUCGCGUGGAAGGCCAGACGAGCUGCGGAGUUGAGGAGGGUCUUGGCGGUCUGUGGCGAGAGGGAGGGGGUGAAGGGGGCAAGGGCGAAGGAGGGGAGGGAUGCGGGGGUGUGGGGGAAGAGGGACACCAGGCUGGCCUGCGAUGUCGCGUCGAUCAACACGUCACGCGUCCACAUCCACACUGAACACACACACACACACACACACAGACGUCCAGGCAGUGAGUGACUGUGUCAGUUGCCCCUCGCUCCACCAAAUGCGCACCUGGCAUAUAGUGCAUUGCCGCAUCAGUGGGCACACAAAAAUACGCACACAGACGGAAAAACUCAGCCAGCAGCAGAGGCGACACCCGGAACGUCCUCACAAUCUCAUCAUCCGCCCUCGCGGCCGCCACACUCUCACACUCUGCCGGCCCUCCGUGAGCGGCAGCAGCACCUUCCCCCUCCCUCUCGCCUGUGGCAGGCUCAGAGUUGAUGUAUGACACGAGCAGAGAGAAAGCCCGGGAGAGGGAGCGGGAAUCGCCGUCCCAUUGAUCCAAGAUCUGGCAAGACAACAGCCACACGCAAGGGCAGGCGCACACAAAUAGAUAACUGGGAAGUGAUUUCCAUCCAUCAGCUGACCUGCACGGCGCCAUCCUCUGUCCGGCUGUGCUGAAAGAGGGGCCUGUCAGUGGUGGAGAGCACCCUGGACAGCCAACUCGUCGAGAACAGGGGGGACUCCCGCGACACGCUGUACCGCUGCUGCCGCACCUCAAACACCACAUCUACGCUCGCUGAUGCCUCCGACGCCUCUGAAGUCGCCUUUGCGUCAGAUUCCAUUUUCU